GAUGUAAGCUCUCAGUCCCGCCGUGCCCCGGGGGUUUUGUGGCCGCCGCACUUCGGGAGGCUGAAGAAGAAGCUGAAGAUCCAGCACGGCUGCGGGAGAGCCUGGCAGGUGAUGUACUCACCUCCCCUGCCUUCCUGGAGAGGAAAGCCCAGCACGGUGUGCAGCUCCUUGCCUUGCCGGCUCCACCUGCGCUCUGCGCACCUGGAGAAGAACGGGAUGCUCGGAGCGGCUGCGGAGAACUUCCAAAUGCCAUUGAAAACAUCCUGCUAAAGGAAAGAAAGGAAGAGGAGGAUCAUCAUAUGUAUGAGUAUUCUAUUUUAUAUACAAUAUUAGAGAAUCCCUACAGAACUUGGGAUGGCUUCAAUUUGGCAGAAAACUCAGGACUUCUACAACUGGAUUCUUGAAAGUGGAGAUCCAAGGACAGACCCGUGGCCACUGGUCUACUCCCCAGUUCCUGUCACCCUGAUCUUCAGCUGCUACCUGCUGCUGGUGGCCCUGGGGCCGCGCUGCGUGCGGCGGCGGCUGCAGCUGCGGGCGCCGCUGCUCGCCCACAACCUGGCCAUGGUGGCACUGUCCAGCUACAUGUUCUACGAGUUUCUGGUCACUUCAGUCUUGGCCAACUACAGCUACCUGUGCCAGCCAGUGGAUUACAGCCGGAGUGAGCUGGGAAUGAGGAUGGCAAGAGUGUGUUGGUGGUUCUUCUUCUCCAAAGUCAUCGAGCUGCUGGAUACGGUUUUCUUAAUUCUGCGCAAGAAACAAGAGCAGGUGACUUUUCUGCACGUGUACCAUCAUGGCUCUAUGCUCUUCAACUGGUGGUCAGGGGUCAAAUACGUGCCUGGAGGACAAGCCUUCUUCAUUGGGAUGCUGAACUCCUUUGUCCACAUCUUCAUGUACGGCUACUACGCCCUGGCCAGCCUGGGGCCGCGGAUGCGCCGGUACCUGUGGUGGAAGCGUUACCUGACCAUCCUGCAGCUGUGCCAGUUUGUGGCCGUUGCUGCUCAUUCUUCCUACAACCUCUUCACAGAGUGCCCGUUCCCUGAUGGCUUCAACAUUGCAGUCUUCCUCUACAGCCUCAGCCUCCUGGCUCUCUUCCUGCACUUCUACUAUGGGGCCUACAUUAGGAGAAAGCAGGAAAAACUGGCUUAAAGGAGAUCAGAGGGCACAGAGAGCACAGUCUGAUGAACAUGUGCAUUCUCUGCUGCUUGUGACGCGCUUUCAGGAAGAAAAUGUGUCUGGGGAGUGUGUGUGAGGCUCAUGUCUUGCCUUCAGAUAUCCCAGGUUAGGGAGAAGGAAGGAAUGAUGUAAACUCAGGGAUUAGGGAAUGAGGAGCACACUUAGUUAAGCUGAGACCAAGCUAAGCCACGUAGUCACCAGCAGAGCAAGCCUUGGGACAUUUGCAAGAUAAGGUCUCUUUCCCUUCCAUCUUUAACUCAGUGUCCAAGGUCUAGCAGCCAGCUAGAGCUCCCUGCCUCAUUUCUUAGGCUGUAGAGGGUUUCUGCAUCCACAAAACUAUCUCAGCCUCAGGGUCUUGUGCCUCCAGGCUGGAAACCAAUGUCCAGGUAGCAGCAGCAGCCAGGAAUCCACUCAGCUGCACACUGCAUCCCACCCUGCCCUGCUAAGGGAGCUCCUGCUAGCCCUGGGGUGCUCCUGAUGGUUUAACUUCAGAUCAGCAUCAGCAGCAAGGAAAUUGGACAUUAGGUUGUCUGGCUGGGCAGGUGUCUUCACUGUCCUGGAGGUAAAGAAGGCAUUAUUAGAACUUUCACCCUAAAAAGAAACUAGUGCAGUAAGAGUUACCAUGUCUCAUUUUCUGGAAUGUUUAUUUUGUUUUGUUUGCUCUCGUACCAAUAGAGAAUUUUAAUGCAUGAAGAUACUUGGUAUUAUUCCUUAUAGAUGCCAUAAUUGAACUAGAAAGAAAAUAUUGCUGUUCCCUAUUCAUAACUUAUUUUCUCCAAUUUGUUAUUAUUUUUAAUACUGUUACUUUAAAAUUUUGCUUCUUGUCAAACCUAAAGAGUUUAACACCACCAUAAGCAAUCACCUCUACUACCUAAUUGUAUAAGAAUUAAUACAAAAUGUAUCAAGUCAAUUCAUUGGGUAGUGCAAAGCUGCAUAGCCUCACUGAUUUUAAGACAUGACUCAUUGUCUUCUUUUUUUGCUCCUAAAUCAAUUACAACUAGAAUUUGGCACUUAUAUUCAUCUUCAGACUGUUAAAUACUUUUAAAGUUUUGAUAUGGUAAUGCUUUGAAAAUCCUAAUUAAACUACAAAGUGGUAAUUAUUGAUUGAAUCCUGCUCAGUUGAUUAAAACAGGUAUUACAGAGCAGUGGUAUUUUGUGAAAUGCAAAGGUGUUGAAGGAGGGGGGCUGGACAUGGUGCAUUGCCAUUGCCAAGCCAAAUCCACCUCAAAUAUAAAGAAGUCCAACUCCACUGGGAUUGUCCAGAGGACUGGAGCUAGCCUGAAGCAAAUGGAUGUACCCAAAAGACCUGUGUGCCCUGGAGUUGAGUGGCUACAAAAAAUAAAUUCAACUUGUUCCUCACUGCUCUGUGUUCAUACCCUGAACAUUUCCUUCAGCCCUUCCACACACAUGUGGAAGAUAAAACAAUAUUCUGCCAUUCCUCACCCUCCUCCCCUUCACUCACAGCCACAAAGGACUUGUUCACCUGUCCCAAGGACACAUCAUAAAUGUUCUUCCUUUGGUUUGAGCAGUCUCUCUUUUGAUUGCCACUGGUGAGAAUGAGAAUCACUGCAUCUGUGCUAGUUGGUUUUCUUCCUGUCAAAUAUUUUUCCAUGCUAAUUAAUAAAUAAAUAGUGACACUUUUGCAUACUGG